ACACUGAAUUGUUUGCCGAUCAGCUGUUCUUCACUAAAGUGUGAAAGUUUUGAAUAAUUUAUAUCAUUCGCUUAAAUUUUUAAGUUAGACACAAAUUUAUUUAUAAUGAGUGAUCAUAGUUCAUACGAUAAUGUGCCAAAAAUUGAGCAAUCACCACCACCACAGCUCAAUACAUCCAACAAUAAUAGCUCUAACACUUUUAAUAAUGUUACCACAAAUGCGCCGGCAACAAUUGAAAAGGAGCUAACACCAGGACGUUGCAAUCUACAAAAUUGGUUGGGUCACACAUUCCGCGUUGUUAUAACUGAUGGACGAGUGCUUGUUGGUUACUUCAAUUGCACCGAUAAGGAUGCCAAUGUUGUGUUGUCAAUGUGCGCCGAAUAUCUAGAGGAAGGAAAAGAUGCGCGCAUACUUGGUAAUGUUAUGAUACCAGGCAAGCAUAUUGUUUCCAUCGCCGUGGAUAUGCCCAAAGAUACCGCAUUCGCACAUAAACCGAAUACACCGUCAGCACCUGAAGCACUUUAAAGCUAACAUUGAAAAUUGUCAACAAGUCAACAUUUAGUAAUUUAUAUAUACACAAUUUAAGUGAGAACUUUUAUUUAGUUUAACAUUAGCAAGCGUAAAUUAAAUUUAACUAAGAACUAUGA